UUCUGCAUCAAAGCUUGAAACUUUAUUUGUAGCAAUACAAUUCAGACAGACAGACUACCUAAUACCAGGAAUCAAUGCUUAAUUCCGAGCACUUGAUUAAAACAAUGGCACCUUCAUCACCUUCAUCACCUUCGUCAACUUCAUUAACCGAAACUAAAAGGAAUAUAGUAAUUGUUGGUAUGUACCUAACAUUACAUGUUAAUUACCAAAACCGAAAUCAUAAAUCCCCUAUUAACUUAACCUACAGGCGGUGGAAUCAUCGGUUGUACAUCUGCCUAUUUCCUCACACGACACCCCUCAUAUAACCCCUCCACAACCAAAAUCACCAUCAUCGAAGCUCAACAUAUCGCCUCAGCAGCAUCCGGCAAAGCAGGAGGCUUACUUGCUCUCUGGGCACGUCCAGAAUCUAUCGUUCCACUCUCCUACAAACUUCAUGCCGAGUUGGCAAAAGAACAUGAUGGGGCGAAACGAUGGGGUUAUCGUCAAUUACAUUGUGGUUCUAUAGGAGCCAACGCUCGAUUGAUUCCUGAAGCUGAUCCUAAAGAUGGCCCGGAAACUGGAGGAGAAGUUUGGAAGAAAUUACCAAAAACUGAUAUGAAGAAACAGAAGAAAUAUCUGGGUGAUGAGUUUCCGCAUGAUUUGGAUUGGUUUGAAAGGGAUAAUGUAAAAUGGUAUUCGGAAAUGGGAACACCCGAGACCACGGCUCAGGUACAUCCAUAUCAAUUCACUACAUCGAUGGCAGAAUUGGCUGUGGAAAAAGGUGUGGAGAUUAUUUAUGGUUCGGUUACAGCUAUUGAUUAUACGGGAAAUAGUGUAAAGGGUGUUACAUAUGAAGAUAAGGAGUCAAGACAUAUUCAUACCUUACAUGCGAACGAUGUCAUAUUAUCCGCGGGUCCUUGGACAUCUCAUGUAUGGCCAGAAGCACCAAUUACUUCUCAAAGAGCUCAUAGUGUAGUGAUAAAGGCAGAUGUAUCUCCUUGGGCAGUAUUUACAGAAAUCGAUUUACCGAAAGGUUUUGGAAGGAAAGGAGAAAAUGGGGAAAAGAAGAGAAAACAUGAUAAAAUGGUUAAUCCAGAAAUGUAUGCUAGACCUGAUGGAACAGUCUAUGCUUGUGGUUUGUUCUCCUCUCCUAUUAAUGUAGCUAUCAAAGACUAACAAGUGCAUGCACAGGCGAAGGAGAUGAACGCAUACCUCUCCCUAGAUCCUCAAAUCUUGUCAUAUGCGAUGAAUCAAGUUGUAACGAUAUUAUAGAUUACAUAGGAUCCAUAUCCGAUCCUAUGCGCAAUGGAGAAGUCAUAGCAAAACAAGCAUGUUAUCUUCCAUUAGCACGUAGUGGGGGUGGUCCUUUAAUUGGUCAUACGGGUAUUCGAGGACUUUUUCUAGCAGCAGGUCAUACUUGUUGGGGGAUUCAAAAUAGUUGUGCGACGGGAAAAUUGAUGAGUGAAUUUCUGUUUGAGGGUGAGGCGAAGAGUGCUGAUAUUAGUAGUUUGGAUCCGAGGAGGUUUUUGAGUGAUGAGGAGGAUUGAAUGGAUGGGUAUCACGGAUAGUAUGAUCACAAAGUAUAUAAACAGUCUUGAGAUAGGUGAUACAUAAGAGUAUGUAGAGUAAUAAUGAAG